AAAGUCAGCAGUAUUAACCUAUGCUUAUUUAAAAAAAAAAAAAAUCUAGCUGGGAAAGCUACUUAAUCUCCAUUAGAGUUGACAAUCCUGUUCCAAUCUGGCAAAAACAUUGUAGCCUUAGCAACAAAACUAUUAGAAAAGGCCUAGAGAGGAAAAUGUCAGAGUUGACCCUCUGAUUUCACAAGUCAGUUUAUGUUACCACUUCACCUAUUUUUGUCUUCCUACCAUUUGAUCUAUUUUUAUACUAGAGAAACAUAAUAGAGUUUCAUUAAUUUUGUAAAGUCCAUUUUCAUCAACAUUUAUGUGCAUCAUUUUGCUAUGUAAGCUUGUUUGCACGAAGGAGCUUACAUCAGAUCAAAAUCUCUAUUGUCUUGGAAUUUUGUGUGUGGAAAAGGCUUCCGAGUAUAAGCAGGCCAACCAUACUCCAUUUCCAUGCAAGGGAAAGAUCUCAAAUGUCUUUAAAAACUAUAUAGAUACGGACAUAUUGAGUGGAUGCCUAGACAUGGAUAUGAUUUCUAUCUAAAUGGCAGUCUCACUAAGUGCAGAAGUUAGUGGUUUUAAAGAUUGAGUCAGUGAUACCCAAAAUAUUUCAUGUCUAAAAUACAGUUCUUGUAUCACUGUACUCAAUCAUAAUAGUCAAUACAGCUCUUUAGAAACCAGUUCAAAGGUUCCAGAUCUAAGAAAGGAAAUUUAUAGGCAAUGAUCAUCUACCAUGUGCCAAGUACCAGUUAGGUGCUUUACACCUGUUCAGCCUGGUUCCUUCUAGGUGCAUAGAGGCUGGGGCUGGUGGGGAAGUGGGAGACUUGGGCUACAGCCUGUGGUCUUGGAAACUGGUGAUGGGACAUGGGGAGAGCCAUGAAGCAAAGAAAAUGAUGAAGUCUGAGUCCCAAAUGACAAGUCCUCUGGAAUAAGGAAUAGCUCCAAAACCUCAAUUCAGGCUGUGAGGGAAGAACAGUGUGGAAAGACAAGGACUGGAUCCAAAAUGAACGUUUUAUAACUGCUGACGCCCAGUGAGUCCCAGAGGAUAACCGUGAAGGAGCACUGCGUAGGGAGAAAGAAUCCUUCAUAGAGUACCUUAGGCUCAACUUGUGGGCAGAGAGGGGAUUCGUCAUCAAAUUAGUACAUUACAUGCAUUAUCUCAAUCCUCACAACCCAAUGAGAGUUACUAUCCCCAUUUUACACCUGUAAAAAGUGAGAUUCGGGAAGGUUAAGUAAUUUGCCCAGCUUCAAACAUCCAGAAUACAUUCCCAGGCCUGACUCCAAAGCCUGUAUUCUUACUGUAUCUCAUUGCCUCUCAGAGACUAGGGAACAAGGAAGGGCCCCCUGUUCCAGGAUGCAGACUCAGCCAAGGAGACUACAAUACCACCUGCAUCUCACUCCAGCUGGAGAAGUGAAAACUCACAGCCACAAUGUUUGAGCGUCAAGCUCCAUGGGAAUCUACAGUUAUUUCAAAAUAAAAAAAUUAAUUAAAAGAACGAAACGAUGGAGGCAAAGUCAGGGAAACAAGUAUGGCCAUUUGUCAGUUACAGCACGGCCUCAGAAUUGACAUCAUGAUGGCCAGUGAUCUGACUACUACAGAAUCCUCAGCCUUCAUGGAUUUGUUCACGUACUCUGCCAAGUGCUGCAGACAUCCUCAAGUUUCAGUGCCAAGAACUGGAGAAAAAAGGACGUUUAUGUCAAUCAGAGAGCACUUGGAGCUUUCUGGUGGUCAUUCAAGGCUUCACCGCAUCACGUAGCCUUUUAAUACACUAUUUUUGACCAUCCAAACAGACUGGUGGUCACAGAAGGUGUUUUGUUUUAUUUCCUCAAAGACAUGUGAACUAAUUUUUAACUUCAGCAUUGGUUUCCUGAAAAGCUGCUGGUGUUCAUGAGAUUCAGUGCAGCUGAAUACAGGAGAAGCCCUUCCGUUGAGGUGGCCACCCACAGUGAAAACACUACAUCAACUGAGGGAGCCAAUCAUACCCUGCUGAUCCAGAGCCCCGUAGAACUCAAAAGAGGCUGGAGAAGGCAGAAGCGGCACCUCUUCUUAUUCAGUGAUUUGAUACCUAUGUCUAAUACCAAGUGCAUAUACAUUACAUGCUCUCCCACGUAUCAUACAGUUCCACGUUUGCUAACCCUUACUGUAAGAAAAUAUGACAGGCAGUGUCUGUCUUGCCUGGGGCUUACAAGACAGGUGAUAAAAAUAAGAGGGGGAAAUUACAGAUUGUGAUUAGUGCUUCUGAUACAAAGUAGCUAGGGUACCAUGUAGAAGAUGGGACCAUAUUGCAGAGGGGUUGUCCAGGACAGCCUCUCAAGGUGGCAGCCUCUAAGCUGGACCUGUGGGGUGAGAAGCAGCCACCAUUUCUAGCCAAGGUGGCUGGGCCUUCUAGGCUGAGGGAGCAGCAGGCGUAAGUGGGUGCAGCUUAGCCCCCUGGAGGGAGGAGUUCAGGGAAAGCCAGUGUUACUGGAGCCUAAAGUGGGGGGCAUGAUAUUGGAUAUGAUACUGGAGUCAGGGGUCCAGCCACACAGGGUCUCCACAGGCCUUAGUAAGGGGCUGAAAUACUAUGCUGAAGGGUGUUUAACUAGGACAGUAACCAUAUCUGGUUUAUAUUUUUAGCAAAAUUUUCUGACUAUUGGUAGAUGGAUUUUUGAGUAAGCAAGAGUGGAAGCAGGGUGACUAGUUAGGGGAGGCAACAGUCCCAGUGAAUAGUAACAAGGGCUCUAUUUGGGGGUUGGCAGUGAAAAUGAAAGAUUCAGCCAGACAGAUUUGGAAUAUAUGUUGGAGACAGAAUCAACUGGGUGCACUUUCCUCUCAACCCUGAAUACAAAUGCAACCAAUACCAUAGACUUGGUGGCUUAAACAACGGAAAUGUAUUUCCUUAUAGUUCUGGAGGCUGGAAAUCCGAGAUCAGGUACCAGCUCUAGUGAGAGCUCUCUUCCUGGCUUGCAGAUGGCUGUCUUCUCACUGUAUGUUCACGUGGCAUUUCCUAACUGCGUGAAUGUGGGGAGAGAGAAAGAAAGCUCUCUCCCUCCUCAAACAAGCCCACCAAUCCUACUGGAUUAGAAUCUUACCCUUAUGACCUCAUAAGCCUUAAUUACAUCCUAAAAGCUCUAUCUCCAAAUACAGUCGUGUUGGCAGUGAGGGCUUCGGUGUAUGAAGGUGUCAGCAGGGAGAGGGGGAGACACAGUUCUUCCACUGCAAUGACUAGCAGUACUGAGUGCUGACACCUUGUAUGAGUUUUCACCACAAUUUUUAGAAAACCACCUACAAGAUCAUUCCCAUAAUAACAUUUAGGUAUAUUCAAGAUCAUUAUUAAUAGGAAAAAUUUGUUUUUUCUUUUUCCAGAAAGAGACAACAAUUAAAAAGAAAGCCUCCUGUGAUCUCUCUUCUCUGUCAUGCCUCAUCCUUGACGGAGGAUUGUGUUAUGCCCUGAAUCAGUCUGUGCAAAUUCAUAAUCUGAGUUUAGCACCUAGUUUUUCCACUUAGCCAUAAAAAGGGGCGGGGGGACUGAAGUCCCCUUUUACCUCAGUUCAUCUUCAGACUUCAGUUGAAAACUCAUCUUUAGGUUGAUGCUAUAGAAAUCAACACAAAUGGAAUAAAUAGUUGACUAACUGCUACCUAUGUAUUUGGUCAGAAUAAGUAAAUUUUAGCUUGUAUGUAAUAAUAAGCGUAAAUGUUUAUUUCUUGCCAAAGAAAUUAUAUUCCUCCAGUUGUGUGGGAUGUUAAUAUUCAGUGAAAAUUGAGAUUUUUGUCAUUUUCUUUUGUACUACAUACAUUAGAAACUUCUGUUCUCAAGAAUUAAACUCAGAUGAAACCUUCAUUAUCAUUUUUGAUAUUCAUUAGAAUGCUUAUUAGUAAGUUAUUUUUCAAGUAAAAUUAUUACUUUUUUUUUAGAACAGGAUCUGCUUUAUAAAUAUUAAGAUAUUAAUACUAGUAGAGGCCCAUGAAGAAUUUACGAAUGGGAAGGGACUGUACCUAGUCCACUGUCUUUAGACAUCACUAUCCUCAUAUUUAGUUACUGAAGAAUACAGAAACAGUGAAAAAUGAGUUUUAUUUAGAUAAAAGAUGACGAUUACUAUUAACUUAUCCGUGAGAGGACACUUAGAGAAUAUACCACAACCCCUCCUCCUAAGCAUCUAAGGCAACACCGCUGUGUUAGAAUAGGAGAAAUCUCCCUAGAAUCCUAUAAAUUUCACAAACCAUUGGGGCUUACCCCCUAGUAUAAGGCUGAGGUAAAGGAAAGGAGAGGGGGAGCCACAGUAAGGGAUACACAAUAGAAAUGAAAACUGCAGCCCUCCUCUCCCUUCUCCUCAAGUCAGUUUACAUUAGGUUCAUUCUUUCUCACUUCCACUGAGAAAAUCUCACUCAGUUGUGACUGAGUGUGAAGAAACACAAUGACACCCUAGGAGAAUCCACUGUAGUAUAAAGCUUUGUUGUGAUACAGUUUGAACAUUUCCAAGCUAGCAUCUAGCUUUGUUGGUGUAAUAUCAUGAGAUUUAUCAUCUCACUCCACAAAUAAAAGAAUAAUCCCUUCAGAAAGCCUGGUGACUCUGGGGGAAGAGAUGAAGCUCAGGAUAGGAAAGAGGAGGAGGGUUCUUCAGGGAGCCACAGGUCAACACCCAUGGAGGCCAAGUGGUUACGAGCACAGGCUCAUGAGCUAGGUUGUCUGAGUUCAAACCCUGUUUCUGUUGCUUUUGGCAACAGAAAACUCUGUGAGUUUCCUCAUCUGUAAAAUGGGGCUAAUAAAGACUACCUGAUGUAGUUUACAGUUAAAUGAAAUAAUGUUUAUAAAAUACUUAGAACAGUGCUUGGCAUAUGAUAAGUGCUCAGUGUUACUGGAGAGUCAAAACUAUGCUCUGGACUUUUGGAUAACUCCUUGGUUUGGUUUCAAGGGAGUGGAUAAUCUUGGCUCUGUAUUUCACUAGGAAGAGAAUUAUUCAAAUGACUUUUUCCAGGUCAGUGUAUUUGGAAGUUUCCGCACAGUACCUUGGGUGUCAAUAAACAUAGAUAUCUACAUCAGAAAAAAAAAAUCUAUAAAAUCCAGCAGAUAUGUGUCUAUCUUUCUCAUUGGCUGUAUAGUUUUAGCUUGAUAAUGCCUUUAGAAUUACUAUGUAGAAAAAUAAUUUUAUCUGAUAAUUGUGUUUCAAAGAAAUCUUCAAAUACACAGACAUAGGGGAAAAUGUUGAAAUUAACUGACUACAUAAUUGCAAAGAAAUAAAGCCAUACUAUAAAAACACAACUCAGGAAGAGAGAAGAGAGUCCAGCUCCUUUUUAAACUAUCCCUCCUCCAUUACGGAAAAAGCGCUAAGGUGCUGAUGACCAGCCCAUUUGCCUUCUCAGAAUUCUCAGUCUAUCUCUUUCUUGCUUGAGCUGUUUUAUUUAUAUAUAUAUAUAUAUAUAUAUAUAUAUAUAUAUAUAUAAAUUUUUUUUUUUUUUGGCUGCGUUGGGUCUUCGUUGCCGCGCCCGGGAUUUCUCUAGUUGCAGCGCUACUCUUUGCUGUGGUGCACAGGCUUAUCAUUGUGGUGGCUUCUCUUGUUGCAGAGCACGGGGCCUAGGCACACGGGCUUCAGUAGUUGUGGCACGCAGCUCAUUAGUUGUGGCACACAGGCUUAGUUGCUACGUGGCAUGUGGGAUCUUCCCAGACCAGGGCUCGAACCUGUGUCCCUUGCAUUGGCAGGCGGAGUUUUAACCACUGCACCACCAGGGAAGUCCCAAGCUGUUAUAUUUUGUGUGCCAACAAAUCCUUUCUGUUUUACUGAAAUGCUUUCUACUAACUUCAUGUUAUAUAAAGGAAUGGAAAACUAUAAUUAGGGGUUUGUGUUCUACAUGUGCUUUACUUUGUCAUUACCUGAAUACAAGCUUUGCCUUUAGAAUAUGGAUAAUAAUUUAACAAUAAUUACUUACUCACCUGUUUAAAUAUUUUUAAUUUAUAGCAAUUUUUCUUGCUUCUUUUUUGCAGUCUGUAACUAUAACAGUAAGAAAUUCAGACACAGUGAAUGAUGUUAUCAACAUGUCACUUUCAAAGCUAGGAAUAACUGGCAUGAACAUCCCUAUGGAAUUAAGAUGAGCCACUUCCAGCUACUGUGCUCCUGCAGCGGGGACUGGACGACUCCACCUCUCCUUCCGCCCUUCAGGAGGCCUGCCUCCUGAAGCAGGGGUCCCAAGAGAUUCAAGCCCGGUGAAACCCAAGCACUCAGCCAGGAUCCAAGCCAGGGAUCAGUGGGGAAAGAUUCAGGCCAGAAGACAGUUAAGAGGAGUUCAGUCAAAAACUGGGCCUUGGGCUUCCCUGGUGGCGCAGUGGUUGAGAGUCCACCUGCCGAUGCAGGGGACAGGGGUUCGUGCCCCGGUCCGGGAAGAUCCCACAUGCGCGGAUCGGCUGGGCCCGUGAGCCAUGGCCGCUGAGCCUGCGCGUCUAGAGCCUGUUGCUCUGCAACAGGAGAGGCCACAACAGUGAGAGGCCCGUGUACCGGGAAAAAAACAAACAAACAAAAAAAAUUGGGCCUUUUGGCGGAGCUCCAGCACUCGUGAGGACAACCAGUGCCCAGUUCCACCACCCACAAAGCCAAAUCAGCUCUUCGGAGCUUCUCUCGAGGACGUGUGAAAUAAUGACCACCCGCCCGCCCCAGUUCUGCUAGGUCUCAUCUUGGUCUUCUGUAGCCCUCCUGAGGAGGGGAGCUCUGAGAGCGCAAGUGUUCUCAUCCAACUCUAUCCUCAAGCGGAGAAGUCAUUAGACAGCCCCUGGCUUUGACUGAGUUUUGUUAGUAUUACUUCAAAGAAUAAGAUCUGAUUUAGGUACUGCAGAGUCAUGAGGCAAAUACAACAGGAAAAGAUACUCUUGUCCAUUCCACUGGUUUCAGCAAAGACCCACCUGCACCUGCUCAGAUCAGUGAAAAUGGGCUCUGUGGAAUCUGAGAGUCCACCUCAUCCUCAUAUUCUCUCAUCUCCUUCCUUGAACUCCACACUCAGUCUCAAGUCUCCUUCAGCUGAGUUUACUCAAUCUUAUGACUCAAAAUAUCUCACAUAGAUUUCAUUUGUAAUUCAAGUGCUUAAGCAUAAAGACUCAUCCCCUGGCAAGUAUGAGUCAUUUAAUCCUGACAGACUGCGUCAGAUGAAAGUCAGAGUUUGACCUGUGUUAUAGCAAAUUAGCAUACUGAAUUGUCAGCGCUCUCCAAGCACUAUACCACAUGCAGGGAAUCUUAUGCUAUAUAUGAAGAAAUUUAUCACACUUUUGAUAGUUACAUGCUAGCUACUACCCCAGUCCUUGCACUUUUCACAGCAAAUUUAGGGGGUAACUAUGAUUAUCAUCUUCCCCACUUCAUAAGUGAAAAACAAAAAAGCCUCAGUAAAGUAUGUGCUGUGCCCGAAGUCAUAUAGCAGAUGAGUAGCAUAACAGAUUCCAGAUUCCUUGGAUUACCUGACUCCAAUAUCUGUUACCUCUCCACUCUGUAAGCAGAGGACAUGAAGACACAACAAAAGGAAAUGAAAGACAGAUGAGAAGGGAAUAUGAUCAGAGAAGGAGGAGAGGGGUUUUGAGCCUGUCUUAAAAGAGGGGAGGAAAUACAGGAAGUAGAAAUGGGGUAUACAGUCACUGAAAGGAGAAUAAACAAAUGGGAAAUUAGUAUGGCAAAAAGAUUUCUACACUUAGUAAAGAGCAUCUAUAAUAGGGAAUAAUGAGAAAGGAGCAGUGAAGGAGGAGAGGGGGAUUCUACAAAGGCCUCAAAGCAGAGAAGUUUAACAGUGUAAAUUUACUAAAAAGGAAAAUCUGAUUAAACAAGUGUUUAAAAUGUUUCAGUGUAUGAAUGUAAAAUGGAUUGUUGGGUAGAAAAUAUAUUUGGAAACACUGAAAAAAAAUUUCAAAUGGACUUCAGUCCUUCCAGCUCUAGCACUGUACCCUCAUACACCCCAGCUCUGUCAAAAAGGGGGCAAGCUUGUGCUCCGGGCUUGCAGAUAGGAAAUGCCACAUAGUUUUCUUUUCUUCCCUAUAGCAUAUGCUUUCCUUUAUCAAUCAAAAAGGGCCUCUCACAGAAGGCAUCUUCAGAAAAUCAGCCAGUAUAAAAUCAUGCAGAGCCCUAAAGGAGAAACUAAACUCUGGGGACAAAGUGAACUUGGAUGAUGAAUCCGUUCUUAUGGUAGCAUCCAUCUUAAAGGAUUUUCUUCAAAAUAUCCACAGAAGUGUAUUUUCAGCCAGUCUCUAUGAUAAAUGGCUUGGUGUUAUUGAUCAAGGGAAUGAGGAGGAGAAAAUAACUGCAACCCAGAGUCUUUUACACCAGCUGCCAAGCAAUGUAGUUCUCUUGUGAUACAUUUUUGGAGUGUCGCAACAUUCCUCAUCCAAUCAGAUGACAGUUUACACUUUAUCAGUGUGUACAGCCCCAAGCAUUCUUUGCCCGUCUAAUUCUGGCAGCUCAGAAUUAGAAAACAACUUCACAAAAAAGAUUUCUUUUGUACACUUUCUCACUGAAAACUGCCUCAAGAUAUUUGGAGAAGAUAUCACUUCCCUCUUUGAAGAGAGCUCAAUGAGUUGUAAUAACAGUGAUAUCACUGAUAACAGUGAGAAGGCUGCGGUGACAACAAAACAACCUCUUGAAUCCAAGCCAGUGAGAGUGAUAGUGAUUUACAAAAAGGCACAACGGCAGGAUGAUGCCAAGGCCCCAUCUAGCACGGGUCCACCCAGCUACCUGUCUACAAUUUUCUAAGUCACUGAAGAUUAGAAUCUCCACAGUCACACCUGACCCUUCCUUUUUCUUUAUUUCCUAUAAUAUCUCACUUGAGAAAUCUUUUUACCCAACAUUUGCAUGAUUUUGUUGAGUCUGGAUUCAAUCCUCAGAUCUUAUCGAGAAAUAAAUUAAUUUCCUGGCAGAAGAAUGAACAUGAGGCACCUUAAACCAAGAAAACCACUUUAGAUCACUGAAUGAAAAAUAAGACCUUCCAAGGUUCCAGCUCAUCCCAUUUGACUUUUUCUUUUUCUUGAUUCCAUAUAUGCCUGUUUGAGAAAAUCUACCCACAAUGUAUCUCUUCUAUCUUCUAUUUCUACCAUAUUAUACUAUAUUUUUUGUAUUGUAUUGUACAUUUUU